GGAACAGCCGCGGGGCUGGGAGGAAAUGAAUUGAGGAGGUGCGCGGGGAGCCGGGAGAGUCCCCGGUCAGGGCACACGGGGGAGCCAGGAAGUGAGAGCGAGGCUGUAGAGGCGGUGGCGGGAGCAGCGCAGGCCGAGGGCUUGAAUCGACCGCGGAGGGCGGGGAGUCCGUGACCGAGAGCGGCGCUGCGGCGCGGUAGGCGGGACUAGAGGGAGCCACGCAGGGAUUGGCGGGCAGUGCUAGGCUACCGUACGUCGGCGGUGACGCACGCCUCGGGGAGGGUGCGCGCGCGUUCAGCGGCCUCUUUGUGUGGUGCCCAGAUAGGGGAGCGGAGGUGGCGGUAGCGGCAGCGGCAGCGGCAGCGGCAGCGGCAGCCCUGGUUGUCUUCCAGUCUCCUCGGCUCGCCGUCUAGCCGGCACCUCUCCCCUCCCUCCCCCUUCCUCUUUUCCUCCUUCCCUCCCCUUCCCUUUUUCCCUUCCCCGUCGGUGACCGGCGGUGGCGGCUCCAGCAACAGCUGGGCCCAAGCUGUGAGGAGGCCUUAGCCAACGAUAACGGCGACGGCGAAACCUCGGAGCUCGCAGGGCGGGGGGAAGGCCCGGGCCGUGGAGAUGGAGAAUUCCCAGUUGUGUAAGCUGUUCAUCGGCGGCCUCAAUGUGCAGACGAGUGAGUCGGGCCUGCGCGGCCACUUUGAGGCCUUUGGGACUCUGACGGACUGCGUGGUGGUGGUGAACCCCCAGACCAAGCGCUCCCGUUGCUUCGGCUUCGUGACCUACUCCAAUGUGGAGGAGGCCGAUGCCGCCAUGGCCGCCUCGCCCCAUGCCGUGGACGGCAACACGGUGGAGCUGAAGCGGGCGGUGUCCCGGGAGGAUUCGGCGCGGCCCGGUGCCCACGCCAAGGUUAAGAAGCUCUUUGUCGGGGGCCUUAAGGGAGACGUGGCCGAGGGCGACCUGAUCGAGCAUUUCUCGCAGUUUGGCACCGUGGAAAAGGCCGAGAUUAUUGCCGACAAACAGUCCGGCAAGAAGCGUGGCUUCGGCUUCGUGUAUUUUCAGAAUCACGACGCGGCAGACAAGGCCGCGGUUGUCAAGUUCCAUCCGAUCCAGGGCCAUCGCGUGGAGGUGAAGAAGGCCGUCCCCAAGGAGGAUAUCCAUUCCGGUGGGGGCGGAGGCGGCUCCCGGUCCUCCCGGGGAGGCCGAGGCGGCCGGGGUCGCGGCGGUGGUCGAGACCAGAACGGCCUGUCUAAGGGCGGCGGCGGCGGUUACAACAGCUACGGUGGUUACGGCGGCGGUGGCGGUGGCGGCGGCUACAACGCGUACGGAGGCGGAGGAGGCGGUUCGUCCUACGGUGGAAGCGACUACGGUAACGGCUUCGGCGGCUUCGGCAGCUACAGCCAGCACCAGUCCUCGUACGGGCCCAUGAAGGGCGGCGGCGGCGGCGGCGGUGGCGGUGGCAGCAGCUGGGGAGGUCGCAGUAACAGUGGACCUUACAGAGGCGGCUAUGGCGGUGGGGGUGGUUAUGGAGGCAGCUCCUUCUAAAACAAAUCUAAAAAUGCCUGGGAGUGGCUAUAGGGGUAGCUCUUUUCAACAACCCAACUAGGGUCAACUCCUGAGUUCCUUCCUCUCCCACCGCCUUCCCCAUUUUGCCCUUGGGGGAGCCGCUUCUAUGGCUGCUUAUCCUUGGGGGUGUUGCCCUAUUUGCCUGCCACCUCUCUUGUCUCUCCCUCUGAAGAUGGACUCGGCCCCACAUACACAUUUUUGUGUUACAGUCAUUGAUGGACUCUAUUUUUUUAUUAUUACUUGGACCUUGGUCGUUUUUAUACUAGCAAAAUGUCUUGUUUUAAUUUGUGUUUUUUGGGGGGGAGGGAGUGAACUUGCUGAUUCUGUAGCAAAACCGGGGGGGGGGUGGGGGUGGGGGGGUAGUUUACUUUGUUGUAAGGACUUGAUACCUGGCUACAGCGUUUUCUAUGAAAUCUACUUGGAUCCCAUGCCUGAAAUUUGGAAGCAUAUGUACAAAAAUCAUUUUUACGUUUUAUUUUUAAUAAAUCAUUGUGUUUGACCGUAUAUGUCUAACAUUUUUUUUCUAGGAUCCAUUCCGUACCGUUUUAAGGGAUAUUAAAAAUUUUUCGUGUUAACUCUUAAUUCUUGAUGUGUACUUAGAGAAACUUUUAAAAGGUCCUUUGGUGGGUUGUUUUUUUGUUUGUUUUUGUUUUUGUUUUCUCUGUUGCCCUUCUAGUGACAUGUUGAAUUUUAAACCUUACAGGCAAAACUUUUGAAGUGGUGGAUGUAGCUUUUUAAAAUCUUUAAAGUUUCUGUGCAUCCAUCUCUUGUACUAAACGAUUUCCUUAUCAUCUUGACAUGGUUGGUCACUUCUUUCUAUGAGAAUUUACUUCAAAGUAUGUACUGUGUAGCUCGAAAGAAAUAGUUUGUGUUAAGCAUGUGUUUUCAUUCAUAUAAACUGUUUAAAGAUUUUCAGAUGGCCUAGUUUCAUCCCUCUUACUGGUUUGUCUGUAAUGAAUGGUUACAAAUAAGGGUUAUAUUUUACCCUUAAACUAAAUGCAUUUUUGUAUUUUCAGAGCAGAUUUAAACGUUUUUUCCUAUAGCUGAACUGUUGUCCUCUUGGAAAUCCUUCCCCCCACCUUUGUAGCACCAUCUACUGGCAGAAUGGCAGUGUAUCUGCAAAACAAUUUGUUAAAAAAUCUUGUUUAGGAUAAUUGCAUCAGUUUUACAAGUUUUGCCAUCAAAAAUCUGUUCAGACUUUGGUUACACAUUUUCUUGUAACUAAGAUGGGCUUUACGGGAAUGUAGUUAACAAUCCAUAUCACAAUUGCCCUUUCUACAUGAGAUUUGAAAAUGUAAACUGCUAUGCAUAGCUUGGGCAGUGGCCCCAAAUUGCUAUGACAACUAAUGAACCAGCUACAUGUACUGGUGUCUUAGGUGCAAGUUGUAAAGCAAAAUAUUUGUGUAUUCUGCUUGGUUAACAAAUGUAUAUUUGUAGCCCUUUCAUGCAAUAGAAUUCAAGUUGUUGUUUAUAAAAAAACAAAACAAAACAAAACAAUGAUAUAGGAGAAAAUUGCUUUCCUGGAUAGAAAUAUAGAAUAGCAACGUUUAUGGAUAUCACAAAUAAAGAAUUCAAUUCUUUACA